AUGAGGUUAAAUAAUUUAAGAUUUGUUCACUGGGCAAGAAGAUACUGACGAAAUCUCAGAUCUGGCUGCAGUGCAACAAGUGUAAAUACACCACGCAUCAUGAUUCCUUUAUGAUGCAUCGCAUGAAAGAUCAUAACGAGGAAAGGGCAGCUGACAAACACAUCUUCGAGAGCUAGCAGGAAAGUGAAAGACAUAGUUACAACAAAGUGAAUGACUUGGAGAACAAGGAGAAUGAAACAGAUGACACUGUUGAUACGUUACAGAUAAUUCUGACAUUGUUAUCAAGGAUGAUAAAGCGAUGGAGGUAACACUUUUGGAGCCGAUUCAGUCAGUUUUCCCUAUUACUCAAUCCACCCCACUACCACUGUUGGAUUUAUCAAAUUGUAAUCAUCUAUAUGCUUCCGCUACAUUACCAGAAUUUUUUCUUACGAAAGGUGUUUCCACGUUGUCCCAAGAACAAAUGUAUGUUCUGCAGCCGAUUGACACAGCUGAUAUUGAAAACUUGAGGAAGAUGAUAAGAUUGGACUUGGAUCCUGAGCAGAAAAUGGAAAUGAAGAGCGAAAGUAGAAAAUGGAUAACCUUGAAAAAGGAUGGAAGUCUAGAGUGGUAGAGAUGUCUUGGAACGAGACAGAAGAAUCAAAUAUUGACGAUGGUGUUUGAUUAACUGUGCAAAAAUCAAAGACACUUUAGUAUUACAUUUGGUUGCUUUAACUAUUGAAAAACUCAGUGUAAUGUACAGAAAUUUAUUAUAAUUCUAAUGUUAUAAAUGAAGUAACUUUAUUCGUCAUACUUCAAUUUCCGCAUGACACUCGCAAUGAUGUUUAUUUUGCUGAUCAAAGCUGUGUCAUGUUGACAAUACAUUGAUGUCAAUUGACUCACGGUUGGAAAAAUUGCAGUUUCGCUCUUUCAAUUUUAUUUAUAUUGCUAAUUGUUAUUCCUCUUAAUCGUAUGUUACUUCGUAAACAACCGUCGUUGUUUGAAUGAUGCAUACUUUCAUUAAAUGUAAUUUAAAGAAAAGAAUUAUAAUAAAAAAAUUUAUCCCACGUAAAAAA